AAUGCGUUAUAAAAAGCCAAAGUUCUCUCCCCCAAAGUCCGCAAUCUUCUCCGCAGAGAGAGCUCGAAGAGCUCGCUUCAUCUGCAACUCCUUUGGUUAUAGGGUUGGGUAGCCACCUUCAUCAAAUAUUGGGAACUGCUUCCGGGUCAGGUCUGAGAUGGGAUCUGAGGGGCCUCCUGCUAUUACUGUUCACAUCACUGGAUUCAAGAAAUUCCAAGGUGUUGCUGAGAAUCCUACAGAGACAAUAGUUAGUAACUUGCAAGAGUUCAUGAAGAGAAAAGGGCUGCCUGCAGGAAUUAGGCUUGGUAGCUGUACUGUUCUUGAGACUGCAGGAGUUGGUGCCCUGCCCAUGCUUUACCAAACCAUGGAGUCACGAAUGUCUAAGCCAUUGACGGAUUCUUCAUGCAAUGAACAAGUUAUAUGGGUUCACUUUGGGGUCAAUAGUGGAGCAUUAAGAUUUGCCAUUGAGCGACAGGCAGUGAAUGAGGCCACUUUCCGUUGUCCGGAUGAGCUUGGAUGGCAGCCUCAGCAACUCCCAAUAAUUCCAGAGGAUGGAGGAAUUUCUCAAACGAGAGAGACUUCAUGCUCUGCUGAUCCAAUUGUGAAGUUCUUGAAGAAGAUUGGUUAUGAUGUGGCAAUCUCCGAUGAUGCUGGCCGAUUUGUGUGCAAUUAUGUCUACUACCAUUCACUACGGUUUGCAGAGCAGAAAGGUCACAAGUCACUCUUUGUCCAUGUGCCUCUGUUUUCAAGGAUUGAUGAAGACACACAAAUGCAGUUUGCAGCUUCCCUCUUGGAGGCUCUUGCAUCUACUAGCUGAUCAUACUUGUUUCCUGAUAAAGUAUUCUUAUCUGCAUUUUCUUGUUUCAGUCGGUCUACCAUGUAAAUCAGUCAUGUUUAUUUGUAAAAUAAAAGACCCUUUCGAACUUGACUGGCCUUGUGCUUAUCAUUUGGAACUUGGAGAGUAGUGGUUUCGUCUGUUGUGGCCUUGUGGGUUGUUUUGCAUGUAUAGGACAUUAACGUUCGAACUCGUUCUGUAAGAGUGAUAGUUAUGGUUUCCCUUGGUUCU